UUCUGAAGUCUGAUGGGAAAAUUAAAUCCACCAACAGCUCUGCACAGACACAUUGAGCUGAACCUUUUCAUAUCUUUAUAAAAAUGCAGAUUUUGUUGACUAUAUUUUUUAAUGUCGCUAUUACCUUUGCAUACAUAGAACUGGGUUAUUGUGUCUGUGCUCAUGCUGAAUAUGAGAUAAACGGACAAUGUUGCCCCAUGUGCGCACCUGGUAACCAUGUUUUUUGGCAUUGCACUGUGGAUACCAGCACAACUUGUGAACCCUGCAGUGAAUUCACAUACACUGAUGAGCCUAAUGGUAUUGAAAAAUGUUUUCCCUGCUCAGCCUGUGAUACAGCCGGUUUAAAGACACAGAAGGCCUGUACACCAUUAUCAGACACAGUUUGUGAACCAGUAGACGGAUUCUUCUGUGUGACCCAAGAAAAGGGCAGCUGUAGAUCAGCUGUUAAACAUUCUCAAUGUAAACCUGGAGAAUUCAUCCAACAAAGAGGAACAGAAAGCACAGAUACUGUAUGUGGAGUCUGCACAAAUGGCACUUACUCUGAUGGCACUUUUGCAGCUUGUCAGCCAUAUACAAUAUGCCAGAGUAUGGGUCGUAAACAAAUAAAAGCAGGAACUAUGUCAUCUGAUGCUAGAUGUGAAUAUUUUACUCCAGAUCUCAUUGGAAUUAUAACUGGUGUUGUGAUCAUUGUUGUUGUUAUUAUUGGAGUCUCAUUAAUCCAGUUUAUCAAACACAAAGUCAAACGCUCAUCAGGGACGAGGUUCGUCCAGAUCUAAUGUUGGUGGAUGACAACUAAAAAUGUAUUUUAUCAUUUAAUAAUAUUUCAUAUGUUUAAUGUUUCUAUAUAUAAAAUAUUAUGUAUUAACAAUAUUGUAAUAUCAAAAAAAUGUUCUGUAUUUAUGACAAAGUUUAUUCUUAACCAGUUUCAUUGAAAACCAAAUCUGAUUUCUUUAUAAAUCAAUAUUUUCAAAAAAAAAAAUCUAUUGUAUUGGAUGCCAAAACAUGUACAAUUAUGAUACAGUAUGUAAAACUAUGUGGAAAAAAAAUUAACAUGGCUACUCAAUCAAAAGAAUAAACAAGCAUAUACUUCAUUAUA